ACUUAUGUGUGUAUAAAGACAAGGUACUGCAACAGUUACAAUCUAAACACUGUGUUUUCAUCAUCUUUUUAGAAGAUGCUUUUUAGAAGCAAAGCCCACCUUCUUGGCUCCAAGCAGGCCAGGUAGCACAGUUCCACUGGGGCAGCUCCAAGGAAAACUUGCUAAAUAGUGAGAAAGAGAUUGUAGUGGAACCUUUCUGAGGACAUUGCUGUGGACUCUACAUGGACCUUGUGGCCUCCUUCUCAUUGACAUACAUAUUGUCUCCAUGCAGAACCAGCCGUAUCAUCCAGAAGAUUCUUCCUGUCAUGUCUGCAAUGGCAAACGAAUUUUCAAAUCAACAACAUGCAAGAAAGUCUGUUAGGAAACGACAAAAAGGUCUAUGUCAGAUCCUAAUUGGAAGAAUCAGGCUUCUCUUUUCAUGUUUAUCUAGGAAUAACAGCGCAGUGGUGGAUCAGUCUCCUUUAGACCCAUCCCUGGAAGCAGUUUCCUCCCCAAAGCAUAAACAGCACUUCAAAGGGGCAGCUGACCCAGUCCAUACGUCUGACCAUGCAGAUCUGCUGGGGGAGGCCAAGAAGACUCUGCAGACAGAGGAUGUGUGUUAUCCCCUGGCAACACUACCACCAUCUAGUGGAUUGGAUUCUCCUAGUGUUCAGUUCAGAGAAUUGGAUGCUCACCAGUCAGCAGGCAGGGUGCCAAAGGGAGAAGCUCAGGGCGAACUCAACCAAAGGGAGACUUUGCUGACAGAAGAUUUGGAUGAGAAAUUCAUGCAGCUGGAGAAGGAAAAAAGUCAACAGAUUCUGAUGAGUAUUGAGCAGAGCUUGUUGCAGAAUCCUCCAAUGGUUAGGCUGGAAGAAAAUGUGAUGAAACUUAAGAAAGAGCUCAGUGAAAUGGAAAUGGCAAAUCAAAUCAUGAAAACUCAGCUGAGGAAAGUCAUCCACAUCCAUCUUGUGGAUUUUAGAGAAUCUGUUACGAAGAUGAUGGGCUUUAACAUCAAAAUUCCAGACAAGGAAAUCACUAAUCAAUUCUGGCCCCCCAUCAAUCCUUAUGGAAUUAAUUACGUCUAAAGGCAGAUCAAAAUUACUGUUGCUUGUAAGACUGGCCAAGAGAACCAAUGACACAAAAGACAUUUGGCGCUUUUUUUCUUCACUGUCACCAACCAGACUUCAUUUGUUUUCUGUAAUUUUUGUAUAUAAGAUGUUAGAAAAUAGAUAAUGAAUAAAAUAUAUUUGGCAUUUUCAUUUAUGUAUUCUGUGAUCUUUGCCACUUGAUUUUUCUCCUCCUUUCUCUCUUAUUUAACCCUUUCAUGUAGUUUCUUUCUCCUUUUGCUAUAGCUUAUUCUAGAUUUGUUGUUUAUAAUUCAUUUGCGAUAGCCUAAACCUGAGAUUUCAUCACUGUGUGAACUCCACUGAUGCAUAUCAGCAAUUCUGUAGUUCAUAGUACUGGCUUUUACUGACAUUUUAGCCUGUAACUUAUUGUCUUAUUUUCUUGGGAUGCUGAUAGGUUAGAUGGCAAAUCCAGAGUAACACAACUAGUAUGUGUAAGAGUAGGAUUUGAACCUAGGUCUUCCUGUGUCCACGGUCAACUUUUAUUCCACUAAAGGCACAGUGCUGUUAAAAGCAGGACACUCGUUCUUUCAUAUUUUUAGUUCAUUUUAUUCAUUCUCAUUAUAUUUCAUUGUCCUCCAAUUGUUCUGAUUGAUGUCUGGCCACUGGACCCAGAUGGCUCGGGAGAAGAAAGUGAGGCUGGUGACUUUGC